AUGGAACCCAACAAUGAGACGUGGAUGCAUGAAUUCAUCCUCCUUGGCCUGUCAAGUAACUGGGACACUCAAGUCUCUCUCUUUGUUCUGUUCUUGCUGAUGUACCUGGCAACAGUGCUGGGGAAUUUUCUCAUCGUUCUUCUGAUCAGACUGGACAGCAGACUCCAUACUCCCAUGUAUUUCUUUCUGACCAACCUGUCGCUUGUGGAUGUGUCUUAUGCCACAAGCAUAGUCCCCCAGUUGCUGGCUCAUUUUCUUGCCACACACAAAGCAAUUCCGUUUCUGAGCUGUGCGGCACAGUUAUUUUUUUCUCUGGGCUUGGGUGGGAUUGAGUUUCUUCUGCUGACAGUGAUGGCCUAUGACCGCUAUGUGGCAGUGUGUGACCCUCUGAGGUACUCAGUCAUCAUGCGUGCGGGGCUGUGCAUGAGACUGGUCAUCAUAUCUUGGAUCAGUGGCUUCAUCAACUCCCUUGUGCAUACAUCCAUCACCUUUCAGUUGCCCACGUGUACCAAUAAGCAUAUUGAUCAUAUAGCCUGUGAAACCCUUGCUGUGGUCAGACUGGCUUGUGUAGAUACCUCCUCCAAUAAGAUUGCAAUUAUGGUUUCUAGCAUUGUCUUGCUUAUGGCACCAUUCUUCUUGGUUCUUUUGUCCUACAUUCAGAUCAUCUCGACCAUCCUAAAGAUACAGUCCACAGAAGGAAGGUGGAAAGCCUUUCAUACCUGUGCCUCUCACCUUACUAUGGUUGUCCUGUGCUAUGGCAUGGCUAUUUUCACCUACAUCCAACCCCACUCCAGCCCCUCUGUCCUUCAAGAGAAGUUGAUGUCUCUGUUCUAUGCUAUUUUGACACCCAUGUUGAACCCCAUGAUCUAUAGUCUAAGGAAUAAAGAGGUGAAGGGGGCAUGGCAGAAACUUUUAGGGAAAUUUUCUGGGUUCACAGCAAAACUGGCAACUUAA